AUGAGCUUUUCUAUUCAUGGAUGCCAGCAACUGCUCCUUAACGAUUUGCCAAACGAGAUACUGCUUUGUAUAGUGGGGUACAUUUCCUCGAGGAGAGAUGUGAAUGCCUUCUGUCGAACAAAUACCCGCUUACACAACCUAUUAAAUCCCUAUUUGUAUCUUCAAAAUAUCAAACGGAGACACGGAUCGGCUCUAUUCUGGGGUGCUAAACGUGGACAAGUUGCGACAGUACGACAUUUACUUGCUGGGGGUGCUGAUAUCAACUCCAAGGAUUUUAGAUCUGAGACGCCGCUCUUCUAUGCAGCAAAGAGCGGGAAGGUCGCAAUGGCUCAAUUCUUGCUUGAGAAUGGGGCGAAUAUUGAACUUCUAAAUUGGCACCGAAAGAGUGUUCUUCAUUGUGUAGCAGGUUCACGGUGGGCUGAUGAGUUAACAAUAUUGCUGUUGCUUGAAAGGAGAUCAGAUAUCGAGGCUACUGAUGGAAGCGGAAAUACAGCGCUCCAUCUUGCAACUUUUGUCGAGAAUGAAACGAGUAUGCGGAUAUUGCUCGAGAAGGGAGCAAACAUCGAAGCGAGGGAGGGGGAUGGGAGCACUGCCCUGCACAUUGCAGCUACAUGUGCAAAAGUGGCUCCUGUUCAACUUCUACUCGAGAACGGCGCGGAUAUCGAGGCCAGAGAGCUUACCGAAUGGUGCAACUAUACACCACUCCAUUGUGCAAUGACUAGUUAUCAUGAAACUACUGUGCGGACGUUGCUCGAGAACGGGGCAAAUAUCGAAGCUACAGAUAGGGGUGGGGGAACUGCGCUCCAUCUUGCAGCAUUGCAAGAAUCUGAAGGGGCUAUUCAACUCUUGCUUGAGAAAGGGGCGAAAAUCGAGUCUAGAGAUUCGCGUGGGCAGACUGUGCUCCAUGUUGCAGCAAGCCGCAAAAGUGCAAUGAUCGUGCAGCUCUUACUUGAGAGACGGGCAAACAUGGAGGUUAAAGACAGGAACGGAUAUACGCCGCUCUUAAACGCAAUAUUCACCUUAUCACCCAAUGAGACGGUAGUGCAGCUAUUGGUCGAGAAAGGGGCAAACGUCAAAGCUAAAAAUAAUAGUCUAUUAACAGUGCUCCAUGGUGUAGCCAGUAUUGGAAAUCAAGCCCUAGUACAGCUGGUUGUUAAAAAAGGUGGUGACAUAGAGGCUAAGGAUGGAUUUGGGUUCACCCCACUACAUUUUGCAGCAUACUCGACCUCGGACGAGAGGGAGGCGGUAGUGUGCUUUUUGAUCGAGAAAGGUGCGAACAUAAGUGCUAGGAAUAAUCAUGGACAAACACCACUCUCCCUUGCAAGAUUACAUGGGCAUGAAAAGACAGCACAGCUAUUACUGACCGGGCAAGCACCGAGGUUUAGGAGAAUUAUCAACCGAUGCCGUUCCGUCAUGCAGAAGAGGAUAGCGAGUUGA